CACCAAAGAUCUUUUUGCUAUGAUCCGGCAGCUGGGCACACCCACGUUCUUUUGCACAUUUUCUGCUGCCGAAAUGCGUUGGGAAGAGGUCAUCACCGCCAUCAAAGCGCAACAAGGUGAAGUAGUGGAUUUUGCCCAACUUGACUGGGCUACCAAGUGUGAGAUCCUACGCAGCAAUCCUGUGACGACGAUGCGCAUGUUUGACAAGCGUGUGGAAGCUCUGUUCAGAGAUUUGAUCCUCUCUCCGGCGCAACCGAUUGGUGAGGUCGUCGACUACUUUUACCGACUGGAGUUUCAACACAGAGGAAGUCCUCACAUUCAUUGCCUCAUAUGGGUUCGAGGUGCCCCUGUAUUUGAGGAAGCCACGGAUGGAGCCAUCUGUCAUUUUGUGUCUCGCUACAUCUCGGCCGAGCUGCCGGACCCGCAGAAGGAACCGGAAUUGUACAAAAAGGUCACAGAGGUUCAGAUGCACAGCAAAAGUCACUCCAAAUCGUGCGUCAAACACCAAGGUGCAAAUUGCCGCUUUGGAUUCCCCAAACAACCGUGCGAUGAAACAAUGAUCGUCAGACCUGCGCCCGUCGACGACGACAAUCGAGAUCAACGCAAUGACGAUCGCUUGGCGUCGAAUGCCAAGCUUGUUCCCGUGCUAAAUCUGCUGAAUGAGCCUGAAACGGCAUCCCUGACUUUGCCUCAGCUACUGGCUAAAUGUAAGCUCACCGGUGACGAGUACAUGAACUGUUUGCGCAUGACGGCCUCGUCGAGUUCUGUCGUGCUUAAGCGAGAACCGAAAGACUGCUGGGUCAACAACUACAACCGCCAUUUGCUUCUUGCCUGGGAUGGAAACCUGGACAUCCAAUACAUCCUGAAUGCCUACUCUUGCAUCGCAUACAUCUGCAGCUACAUCAGCAAGGCUGAACACGGUCUGAGCCAAUACCUCAAAUCGGUCAUUGAAAACUCCCGCUGCGCAAAUGUCAACGAAAGCGAUGAAAUGAAGCAAAUUAUGCAAGCGUACUCCAAGAAAAGAGAAGUGAGUGCUCAGGAAUGUGUCGCACGCGCGUGCGGCUUGCAUAUGAAACAGUCCUCCCGCAUGGUGGUAUUUGUACAAACGAGUGACAAUGCGCUGAAAAUGAGUUAUCCUCUCUCGCUCCUUGAGGGCAAAACGCAGGAAUCUCAUGAAGUGUGGAUGACUGGCCUGCCGGAAAAAUACAAAUCCAGACCUCAAACUGAGGAAUUUGAAGUCAUGUGCUUGGCUGAUUUUGCAUCAACGUGCAGAAUUGUUUAUGGCAAACAAGCAAAAGGUAAGAAUGUUUUGCCUCUGCUCAACGACAUGGGCUUUGUCCAGAAAAGAACAGAAAAACAUGCCGUCAUCAAAUACUGCAAAUACUCUGAACAAAAGAAUCCGGAGGAAUAUUACUGCUGCUUGCUCAAGCUGUACCUGCCUCAUCGUGCUGAUUGCCAAUUAAAAUCUGAACGCUGUCCUUCCUAUCAGUUGUUUCAUGAUAACGCCUGUGUCCAGUUACCGUAUAACGACUCUGUGGAGCGCGUGUGCCAAAUUGUCAGAAGGAACAGAGAAAGGUAUGAGAAAUACAGUCGAGACAUUGACAACGCCAUCCAAGAGGUGGAGGAGAGUGGGCUCGUCAUAAACGAAUGGUGCCACCUGGCUCCCGAGAGUGAGUUGCAAAGACUCGAAUGCGUUGAGGAAAUGAACGCGAGAGAUGAACCGAACGACAACGUGGAGGAAAAUGUCCCGGACUAUAACGUCAGGUCCAAAACAACGCAAAUGUCCAUCGUGACAGAGCCUGCUGCCAUCGAUCCCGCGGUGUUACGCGACAUGUAUCGUAACCUGAACCAAAAGCAAGCGUCCGUCUUCUACAAGGUCAGAGAUUGGUGCAUAAAACGUGUGUGUAGCUCAAAGCCCAUUGAGCAGUUCUUCUACCACAUCAACGGUGGCGCCGGGACCGGCAAAUCUCAUCUCAUCAAGUGUAUCCACGCUGACGCUACCAAAAUACUGCAGAGACUACCACGACUGGCUGAGGAGGCCGACAUUUCCAAGCAAACGGUUGUUCUCGCAGCUUUCACUGGCACGGCGGCGUUCAACAUUUCCGGGGCAACGUUGCAUUGUCUACUCAAACUGCCGAGAAGUCUCAAACCCCCGUACCACGGGCUGGGCAAUAAACUGGACGAAGUCCGAGCCGAGCUGUCCAUCGCCGAAAUACUCAUCAUCGAUGAGAUUUCCAUGGUGUCGAAAGACCUCUUCGCCUACGUGAAUGCCAGGUUGAAACAAAUCAAAGGAAUUAAUUUACCUUUCGGUGGCAUGUCUGUUCUUGCUGUUGGAGAUUUCUUUCAGCUCCCUCCCGUGAGACAGUCCAAACCUCUGUGCGUGUACGAUCCUACGCGGCUGGACCACUGGCGUGACGACUUCAAAAAGAUCACGCUCACCGCCAUCAUGAGGCAGAAAGACGAUGUCGCCUUUGCCGAACUGCUGAACCGACUCCGCGUCAAAGAAAAGUCAGAUGAACUGUCGGAAAUGGACAGAGCUCUCCUUGCCACGAGGUGGAUGGCCAUAACUCUGCGAUGCUGGAACUGCUUCAUAAGGACAUUGUGCAGAUUGACGCGGAUGACUACAAGAAAGACAAAGGAACUGGCAGAAUGGCAAGGCAAGCUUCCCCUGUGCAAGGCGCUAAGAAUGAGCUCCCGGACUCCAUCAAAGUUGCCCUGGGUGCUCGUGUUAUGAUCACACGGAACGUUGAUGUUCAAUCAGACUGGAGGAGAAGCUGAACAAGGCUGGAGUGACGCGCCGACAGUUUCCCAUCAAGCUUGCUUUUGCCUGCACGAUCCACAAGGUACAAGGCAUGACAACGUCACAGGCUGCAGUUUCGCUGAAAGGUGUUUUCGAACACGGCAUGGGGUACGUAGCUCUGAGUAGAGUGACUUCGCUCAGUGGUCUGCAUAUUCUGCAUAUGGAUGAGAGAAGGCUUCAUGCAAAUCCACAAAUCACUGCUGCUCUUGCUGAGAUGGCAGAGGAUUCUUUGGAGAGCGUCAUGCCCCUCCUUCACGUGAUGCCGUCGGUAGAUCGGGCAAAUCACCUGGUUGUCGUCCAUCAUAACACCGAAGGGCUGUCUUGUCACGUGCAAGAUAUCGUGUCUCAUCACGAACUGCUUUUCGCUGAUGUUUUGUGCUUCACAGAGACACACCUCCAAGGAUCAGUGGCCGAUGGACGUGCUUGCUUGGAAGGCUACACGAUGUUUUGCAGGAACCGAAGUGAUUCUUACACAAACUGUCCUGACUUGGCGACAAAACGUGGUGGCGGCGUAGGUAUUUGUGUCAAAAGUCACAUCGCGGCCCAGGAAAAGAAAUACGUUCAGGGUGUGACCGACAUUGAAUUUGUUGUGGUGAAACUUGAAGAUCCCCUCAAUGUGUUGAUUGCUGCCGUUUACAGGCCUCCAGGCAACAGUCUGCGCACUUUUCUGCCAAGCUUGGGAAAUCUCUUGCGGUACCUUGAAGUAAUGGAGCAUCAUCAGAUCUUGGUAUGUGGAGAUUUUAAUGAAGAUAUGCUAUCUGCCUCAUUCAAGCCCAUUCUUGAUUUGUUCCGCUCGAAAGGCUACACGCAACUCAUAGCCACUGCUACCACUGACAAAAACACAUUGCUUGACCUCAUUUUUGUCUCUCGACCUCAGUGUGCCCUUCAUUCAGGUGUCCUGCAAACGUACUACAGCUAUCACAAUCCUGUUUUCUGUGUUUUGACCAGUGAAAGGUAAGUCACAGCUAAAUCAUGCGGUUCAGCAUUUUCUAAAACAACAAGGAUGGAAAUCGAAACGUGAAUGGUGUCGUAAGUGUAUAAUAAUAGUGGUGGGAUGCGGUGGGUGAUUUGUUGACUUGAGGAGAGAUGGGAUCCGGAGUGGAAGUGCUCAUUACUUGACCUCUUUUUCUUUCUCUCGGCCUCUGUGCUCUUUAUUCAGGUUUCGUGCGAACAUACAACAGCUAUCACAAUCCUGUUUUCUGUGUUUUUACCAGUGAAAGGUAAGUCAAAUCUAAAUCAUGUUUUUCACUAGUUGGAACAACGAGGACAGACGUCGAAUGGCGUAAGUGUAUAACAUUAGUGGUGGGAUGUGGUGGGUCAUUUGUUGACUUGAGAUGAAAUGGGAUCUGGGGCUCAGAAUGGUAAACGUAAUGUUGCCAUUAGCCCCACAAUUUCCACAUAGAAAAUAACUACCAACCCAUGUGGAUAGCGAUAGCUGGAAAAGCAGCUUUAUACUGAUCACAUAAAUUGGUGGCAAACAUAAUGAAAUCCACCCCUAUUUUGGACACUGAGGUUUCUGCGUGAUGCUAGCAAUAAACCUGUUGCCUGCCUGGCAUUACAAAUGGAGAAAACAUCGAAUUGGAAAAUAGUUAUCGAUGGCAAAGGUUUGCUUCACACGAGAAGCAUGCUUCAGAGUGAGUGAAGGGGAGACGGAGAGGAGUGGCCUUUUUAACUUGGAUUCACUUUUAUCAUUUUUAAAUGAUCCCAGGCAAAUCAUAGAAGAGUGAUAAAUGGAAACAAACCGUGAGUAAAGCCUUACAUGAAACUGUGAUUAAAAAGUAUCAUGAGUAAAGGUGCUCAUACAUGUAAAGACAAGGACAGUUGAUGUAGCUGAACUCAUGUCUGUGGUGGUAAGUUGAGGAUGGGCCUGUAUGUUGAGAUGGAAUGGGGGUUGGUGUGGACUCAAAUUCAGUUAAGGGAAGGCCAAGCCUUUUGAAAAGCCUUCCCUUAACUCGAUGUAACUUUUUAAAAGUUUAAACUUUUUAAUUAGCUUUCAAAUAGUCUUCCCUUAACUCAAGUUGAUUUAACUUUUUAACUUGUAACAUUUUUAAC